AUGCAGCGCCCUAGGGUGAUCAGCAUCACCGCCUCUACGCCUCAGCUGCCGACCACGUCGGCAAUCGUAAUUGAGACAGGUCACAUACGAGAGACCCGUUCUGGCGAGGGUCACAAGAUGAUCAACCAGUAUGAGAUGAAGUUGUUGCUCGGCAAGGGGCAGCAUGGAGAGGUCUGGAAGUCCAAGGACACGCUCACAAAUGAGAUUGCUAUCAAGGCCAUGAAGCGCAAGAACCCAAAGCAGGACCGCAUGAGCCUGCUACGACGCUCCAGACUGCCACGGUCGCCUCAGCAUCUAUCUGUAGCGAAUAAUUUAGGCGCAACCGAGAUAAAGAUUCUCAAGGAGAUAGCUAUUAUGAAGAAGCUCCGGCAUCCUAACGUCGUACGGCUUAUGGAGGUCUUGAACGACAACCUGAAGGAGAGAAUAUACAUGGUCAUGGAGUUCAUGGCAGGUGGGGAAAUCAAGUGGCGGACAGACGAUGAAGAGCCUCUGCUUCGUGUCAGUCAAACACGGCGCAUCUGCCGAGAUGUCCUUUUGGGUCUGGAAUACCUCCACGACCAAGGCAUCAUUCAUCGUGAUAUCAAGCCUGCGAAUCUUCUCUGGUCUGCCGACCGACGGGUCGUGAAGAUCGCAGACUUCGGCAUCUCCCAUUUCUCAUACGCCCAGUUCCUCGCAGCCAAAGGCAAGACGGCUGACUCAGCAGACAUUCAGGACUUGGAAGGGCACGACAAGAUUCUUCUAGACGAGUCUGAUCUUACGAGGUUCGCUGGCACGCCAACGUUCCUCGCGCCCGAGAUCAUUAGCGACGGCUCGGCAGACAUGUCAGCUUCGGCGAGCACGUCGGGCAAUCUAGAGUCGACCAGCGUUGAGGUCAGGAGGCCCGUCAUCAGCAAGGCUAUUGACAUAUGGGCAUUUGGCGUCACGUUGUAUGCACUACUCUUCGGCAAGCUCCCUUUCCUCUCCGAGGGCGAGUAUCAGAUAUACAACAAAAUCAAGGAGGAAGACUGGGACGUGCCGGAAACCAUGGGUCAGGACAUGAUCCCUGUUGGUGGUCGCCGCCAGCAUAAGCCGAAGAAGAGUCAGGAGACGGAAGGGUACCUAGUCGUGGACCUACUGCAGGGCAUUUUGGAGAAGGACCCUGCAAAACGUUUGGACCUGCAGGACAUAAAGCGCCAUCCGUGGAUCACCCGCGAUAUGCCCAACGCGGAGCAGUGGCUACGCGCUACU